UUCAUUCAUCAUGGCCGAUAGCAUAACAAACAGCCUGUCAAACUGCCUCCUAUCUUGACAUUGAAAGGCUUGUUGUUAUACAUAUACACUAAAAUGGCGUCCGAAUUUUCGCCAGAGAUGGUGAAGUCUCUGAAACAAAAGGUAUUUACAUCUGCAAGAGAUGGAAUGGCUAUCAGCAUUUUCGCAAUGCUGUGGAAUCUGGAUGCCAAGAUCGUCGACACGGUUCUCAAUCAUUACACAGAAGAGGACGGGCAGAAAACAACGCCCCUCAUCAUAGCAGCCAGAAACGGUGAGGACAAAGUUGUACAAGUUCUUCUCAGCAACUUCCGUGUAGAUCACGAGCAGACGGGAACUGUCAAGUUCGAAGGUUAUGUGAUCGAAGGUGCGACAGCGUUAUGGUGUGCAGCUGGUGCAGGCCAUUUCGGCGUCGUAAAGUUUCUUGUGGAGCACGAAGCCGACGUGAAUCACCCAACGCUUACAAAUUCAACGCCACUGCGUGCAGCAUGUUUUGAUGGUCGCCUCGACAUAGUUCGGUACUUGGUUGAACAUGGUGCCGAUUUGACCAUAGCUAACAAGUACAAUAACACUUGCUUGAUGAUCAGUUGCUACAAGGACCACCGUGACGUUGUGACGUUCCUGCUGGAGAAAGGGGCAAACCCAGACUGCAAGGCUCAUUGUGGGGCAACCGCUUUACAUUUUUCUGCUGAAUGUGGUCACUUGGAAAUUGUUAAAGAGCUCAUCAAGUUUGGGGCAUCCAUAACUGAAAAUGACCAUAAAAUGACCCCUCUUAUUGUUGCUGCAGAAUGUGGAAAGAGUCAAGUUGUGAAGUAUCUCAUCUCUUUACCUGAGUGCUCAAAGAAAGAUAAGAUAGAUGCUUUAGAGGUUUUAGGUGCAUCUUUUGCUAAUGACAAAGAAAAUUAUGAUAUAUCAAAAGCAUAUCAUUAUCUUAAAUUAGCAAUGGAAGAAAGGUACAGAUAUCCACAUAAUAUUGUUCAUAAGCCACACUACCCUCCUGUCCCAGCAUAUGACAACUGGGUAGAAUGCAAAACAAUGGAUGCACUUGAGGCGAUAGAAAAAAAUUAUGGAGCCCUUCACAUGGAAUCAUUGGCCAUCCGUGAAAGAAUUCUUGGUGCAGAUAACCCAGAGGUUCCCCAUCCAGUGAUAUUUCGCGGAGCUGUAUUUGCAGACAGCGCCAGAUUUGACAGGUGUAUUGCAUUAUGGAUGCAUGCCAUGAAACUAAGGCAGAGAAAUAACAGAGCCAUUCCGAAGGAUCUACUUCGUUUCUCCCAGGUCUUUUCACAGAUGGUCCAUAUAGGAGUAAGACUUGAGUUCUCCCCCAUCCUGGAAGUGCUAGACCAUGCAGGGAAGGAGAUUGAGCGAGAUAUGGAGAGAAUGGGAAAAGAGGAUGAAGAUUAUCUGGCCCUGGUUGAAAUUUAUCAAACUAACAUCCAUACUUGCCUCUAUCUGCUUGUAAUAGCACUGAAAGUAACCAAGACCAAAGAAGAAUUACAUCAGCUCCACCAACUGGUGUACAGGUUUUUGAGACUGAAACCUGCUCUCAAGAAUGGCUACUCAGCUCUUCACAUGGUUGUUGAUAGCGCAAGCAUUGUUGAUGAUUUCCAUGUCAACGAUGUUGUGUCCUUUCCAAAUUCACCACUAGCAGCUUUGUUAGUUCGCUGUGGAGCGGAAAUCAAUGCACAGGAUCAUGUAGGCAACACACCUCUCCAUGUUAUAGUACGCUACAAUGACCCAAUAGAUGACUUUGACACGCUUCACCAGAUAAUACUGUCUCUGAUUCGUGGAGGAUCUCAUCUAGAUAUGCGUAAUUCGGAAAGGAAAACACCAAUGCAGUGUUCCACAACUGGAGUGGCAGAGGUGAUUCUCAGACAACACAAUCAGAUAUUUCUCAAAUGUUUAGCAGCCACUGCUGUAAGGGUUCACAACAUCUGUUACAAGGGUCUUAUUCCUCAGUUUCUGGAAGAGUUUAUUGAACUGCAUUGAAACUUCGGAAUGACUGUCUUCAUAUUGUGAUACUGGUGUAGUAGCUGAAAGUGACUGCUUUAGUUUGACUGUUUAGUUUGUUAAAAUAGCCAUGAAUUACAAUAUAAACAGACAGUGUUGAUUUCUGCACAUGUGCUGUUAUUGCCACUUUACACACAUGUGAAUGCAACUAGUCAUUAGCAUAUCUGAGUGCUCCUAAUGUCAUGGAAAGUUUGUUGACGUUGUUGACAGAGUCUAAUUUUAGUGUAUAUGGACUAUGUAAUCUGUUCCAACUUUCUAAUCUUUUUCUGAUUCAUAUUGAAUUUUAAAAUUUUAAUAUGAAUCUGACACUCCAAUAUAAAUGUUAAACCAGAGUGCAUCUUCCUAAGGCAAGGGAGUUAACUGACUUAAAAGUCCAGUUUCCACAAUUUCCAUUAUUUGGCUCUAUCGUAGCACCGGCAGUUGCUAUUAUGAUUAAUGUCCCUUCUAUGUCAAUUUCGUUACAGGAUUUUGAUUGGACUCUGCAUAGACUCUUUAGUCCUGCCAAGAUAUGACUCCAUAAUACCAGCCUAGUUCGGCAUGGUGGAAACUGGACUUUUAUAGUCAGUUAACACAUGUAACUCCCUUGCCUCAGGAAGAUGACCAGAGUGUACAUGGUGUAUAUUUCCACAGUCUAAUAGAUUUCAUGUCAAUGUUGUUGUCAUGUUUGGUUUAUGGAUGGUGCUAGCUGUAUAUAGACAGAUGAUAUGAAUGUUGGACAUAACAGAAGACAAAAUUGGACAAGAAAUUAAAUACAUUGUUUGGCAUUACUCUGCCGUGUCUUGUAGAGAAACGGUGCUUAUUGUUGUUACCAUGGUUACAGUUUCAAGACCCUUGUAGUGCAGGGCUCAAUAAGCUAAUUUUUUCAGGAAGCCAACAUGACAAUGCUUUGCUAAAACACUUGUCCAACAAAUAAUUGGCUAGACUACAAAACAUCAUGCAAAGUUUUCACACCUUUUUCCUACACUUUCCUACCAAUUUUUGUCUGUCAUUCUGUUAUGUGUCAGCAAUAAGCUUGACGAUGAGACGGACAAUUCAUAUAUUUUCCACUAGCCCAUUUGCUAGCUAGUUGGACCACCUGAAGUAUGGAGGGGCGGGCGGGUAGCCUAGUGGUUAAAGCGUUCGUUCGUCACGCCGAAGACCCGGGUUCGAUUCCCGACAUGGGUACAAUAAGUGAAGCCCAUUUCUGGUGUCCCCCGCCGCGAUAUUGCUGGAAUAUUGCUAAAAGCAGCGUUAAACCAUACUCACUCACUCACCUGAAGUAUGGGAUUAUUGGUUCAAUUAAGUUUACUGUACUUGACUAUUAUAUUGCUCCAAGCAGAACAACUUUCUCAUUUGAUACACAUGAAUUGAGAUGUAGAUUUACAUGUAUGAAUAUACAUUCAUUAUAUUUGUAAGUUGUAACUGAAUUAUGAAGUUUUCCAGUUCAAUUGUCUAAGUAUUGAACCAGAGGUUCUCUGUAUCUGAUUCCAUGCUGUAUUUGAUAUGUCUGCAAAUCAUCACAAUAUGAUUGUCUAGACACACAUUCUACAUACUGUACAGGUCCAGUUAGGCUUGUUGUUUGCAUGAUGCCAAAUACAAUAUGAUUGAUUAUGAAAGUUGAGCAAGACUGUUUAUUGGGCACAGCAGCUUUUAAUGCUGAUUGGCUCUGGGUGCAGGCUGUGGAACUCGCAUGCCACUUCGAUCCUUAGGGUUAGUUGUGUUAGGUAUAGCUCUGAUCAAACACAACAUUUGUGAUCCUUAGAUUUGGCCACCCAUUGCCAAUCAAACAUGCCUUUACAAUCCUUAGGAUUUGCCACCCAUUGCCAAUCAAACACGCCUUUACGAUCCUUAGGAUUGGCCACACAUAGCCAAUCAAACAUGCCUUUACAAUCCUUAGGAUUGGCCACACAUAGCCAAUCAAACAUGCCUUUACAAUCCUUAGGAUUGGCCACACAUUGCCAAACACGCCUUUAUGAUCCUUAGUGGUUAAUUGAUUGGGGUGUGGGUAAACUAUCUCAACUCUUUUAACGAAUUAAUCAAAAAUAAUUUGGUAAUCAAUUGGGUGCUAAUUACUAUGUAAACAGUCACUAAUUAUUUGUGAUAGUGUGAUAAAGUGUUGGCUAAUUAGAUUACUCAUUAGUCUAGCUGGGCUUCAAGCUGGCACUGCAAGUUGAAUCCUCCAUGCAGUGCUAAUUGAAAACAAAAAAUGUAUGCCUUGUUGGUUGUAAGGUGCAGUUUUCCGAGAGUUAUUGAAAACUGGGUUUAAUAAGUAUUGACUGUCAAUUGGAUAACUUCUUUGCAAUGCUUGUCUAGUUCUUUACACAGAAUAUUGAGUGUAUAUCUGUAUGCCAUUGAAACAUGUCUUCCCUUUAUUGUGUUUGUCUUCCUGAACAUGUACAUACCGGUACUGUUCAGUGGUGAGUGCUAUGAGACUUGACCAUGUCGAAAUACCCGACACAAAAUGUGGCAGAAAGUAUCAGACCUAUUCACAUUUCAGUGAGUCAUUACAGUAGGUACAAUCUGUCAAUGUCAUUACUACUUAUUAUUUACCCAUUCCAAUGUAAUUUGAAACAAAAUAUCUUGUUGUUGAUGUCCAUGAUGGCAGAUAGUGAUGUUGGUCUGUUGUUUGUAUGCAGCCAUUGUCUUACUGUGCUGAAUGCCUGGAACCUAGACACUAGAAGCUUGGACAGUGAGUCUUUCAUAUUCCAAGAAAUACCGUAUUUGACGUAAUAAGCGCCUAUGGCACUCUCAAAAUUAGAAAUGGGGUCUCUUAUUAGAAUAUUAUUUUGGUGAAAAAUACAGAGUUGAAAGAUAAAUUUCGUGGUUUAUGCU